AUGCGGGCGUUGCGCGGGCAUGUGAUUUCUGAGCAGGCCACGCCGCAAGCGUUUGCGGACGAUAUGAUUUUGGUGGCGCAUGACAUUUCGCCCGCCGAUAUGUUGCAGUUUAAAGGGCGCGCCUUGGCUGGGUUUAUCACCGACUUGGGCGGUACAACCAGCCACACCGCGAUUGUGGCGCGCGGUUUGGGUGUGCCUGCGGUGGUCGCAACUGGGCAGGCGCGCAGCAUUAUUCGCGAACACGAAUUGGUGAUUAUUGAUGGCAUCAACGGCGUGGUGUUGGUCAAUCCUGAUGAGUUGUUGCUCGCGCAUUAUCGUGGUUUACAAAUUGAGCAACAGUUGCAUCAAACCAGUUUAAAUACCUUGGUGGAUACGCCUGCGUUGAGCAUGGAUGGCAAAACGAUUAAGUUGAUGGCCAAUAUUGAGCUGCCCUCGGAUUUGGACGGCGUGACCGCCGUCAACGCCGAUGGCGUGGGCUUGUUUCGCAGUGAGUUUUUGUUUCUCAAUCGCACGAGUUUGCCAGACGAAGAAGAGCAGUAUUUGGCGUACCGAAAAGUGGUGCAAACCUUGUCGCCCAAACCUGUGACCAUUCGCACGCUCGAUAUUGGCGCGGACAAAGGCUUGUCAACCGAUGACUAUGAAGUGCCGCUCAACCCUGCGCUGGGCUUGCGCGCGGUGCGUUACAGUUUGGCGCAUCCCGAUUUGUUUUUGACCCAAUUGCGCGCAGUGUUGCGUGCGUCAGCGUUUGGUGUGGUCAAAUUGUUAUUGCCCAUGAUCAGCGGCGUGGAGCAGCUCAAACAGGCCUUAACCCUGAUAGAACAAGCGCGUGAGCAGUUGCGCGAGCGCCAUCAAGCCUUUGAUGCGCACAUUCAGGUGGGGAUUAUGGUUGAGAUUCCAUCGGCUGCGCUGAUAUUGCCCGCGCUGUUGCCGUUGAUUGAUUUUGUCUCGAUUGGCACGAAUGAUUUGACCCAAUAUACGUUGGCGGUUGACCGUGGUGAUGCGGAAGUUGGGCAUUUGUACAACGAAACCCAUCCAGCGGUGCUUGGGCUAAUUGCUUGCACCAUACGCACCACGCAGCGGGCGCAUAAAGGGAUUUCGGUGUGCGGCGAAAUGGCGGGCGAUGUGAAGCUCACGCGGUUGCUGCUCGGGUUUGGUUUAGAGGAUUUUUCGAUGCAAGCCGCGCAGGUGUUGUCGGUCAAAGAGCGUGUGCUGAUGGCGUCGGUCAAAAAAAGCCGCAAAGCCGCGACGCAGGUUUUAAAUGCCUUUGAAAUGGCUGAGAUUGCGCGGUUGAUUCGUGAGUUAAAUGAGCGGCGGUUUUGA